UAUAGAGACUGGUGGUGGUACUAUAGAGACUGGUGGUAGUAUAGAGACUGGUGGUAGUAUAGAAACUGGUGGUAGUAUAGAAACUGGUGGUAGUAUAGAGACUGGUGGUAGUAUAGAGACUGGUGGUAGUAUAGAGACUGGUGGUAGUAUAGAGACUAGGGGUAGUAUAGAGACUGGUGGUAGUAUAGAGACUGGUGGUAGUAUGGAGACUGGUGGUAGUAUAGAGACUGGUGGUGGUAGUAUAGAGACUGGUGGUAGUAUAGAGACUAGGGGUAGUAUAGAGACUGGUGGUAGUAUAGAGACUACUGGUGGUAGUAUAGAGACUGGUGGUAGUAUAGAGACUAGUGGUAGUAUAGAGACUAGUGGUAGUAUAGAGACUACUGGUGGUAGUAUAGAGACUGGUGGUAUUAUAGAGACUGGUGGUAGUAUAGAGACUGGUGGCAGUAUAGAGACUGGUGGUGGUAGUAUAGAGACUGGUGGUGGUAGUAUAGAGACUGGUGGUAGUAUAGAGACUGGUGGUAGUAGUAUAGAGACUGGUGUAUAG